AUGAAAGAACUUGCGCCCAAGGAGCACGUACUGGAGAAACUGCUGAUUGAGGCGGAGAGCAUAGUAAACUCUCGUCUGCUCACUCAUCUACCAGUGACGGUGGACCAUGAGGCUCCACUGCCAUCCAACGACUUGCUGAAGGGAGCACCCGAUGUUUCAAAUCUUCCCAAGGAUGACGGACAGGAGUUCGUGAGAUGCGCUACCAGGAAGCAGUGGCGCAUAGCAAGGAUGAUGCGGGAUCGAUUCUGGAAGGAUGGGGAGUGGAAAAGAGGCGUCGUGGAAGAGGUGUUCACCGGGAGAGAUGGAGUACCUCGUCGAGCGGCAGUGCGGACUAACGAUCGAGCCAAGACGCGCCCCUCUUCGAAGUUAACUGUCCUGGAUGUGGUGAAUGCGAUUACUUCACCGGGCUUGACGAAAAAUCGGAGCCUGUUCCUUCAACAGGAAGACUGCGAUUUGAGCCAAUGCGUCGGUUACGCGAACGAUGUGCACCAACAAAUCAAGCAGAUGCGAGUACAAGCUACAGAAAAAUUCAGCGAAAUCUUUAUUUUAGCGACUGAAGCUGCAGAAACCAUUGAUGCUGAGCUGACUGUUCCUCGACGAGUAGGACGUCAGAAAAAUCGGGACAACUACGAAGGGGGUGUAGAAGAUUACUAUCGUCGAUCAAUUUACAUUCCGUUCUUGGACAAAUACUCAGAAGAGCUCGAGUCGAGAUUUUUGGAACAUAGGAAUAUUCUCUCCAGGAUACAAAACAUCAUUCCGGAGAAAUGUGCGGACAUUGAUGUGUCUGAAUUACACGAUACUGUUCAAACCUUGAAAGAAGAAUGGCCAAAUGACAUCCGAAGAAUGGCCAAAUAUUCACCGAAGAAUUCGAAGCAGAAAUUGAGUUGUGGAAAAGAAAAUGUUCAAAUCUUUGUUCAAAUCAUCGAAGCUUUGGACGUUUGCGAUGAAACAUUCUAUCCAACGGUAUACCGAUUUCUUCAGAUCGGUGCAACACUGCCAGAAACAGUGGCUUCGAGCGAACGGUCGUUCUCUACACUACGAAGAUUGAAGACAUAUUUACGCAAUAAGACUGGAGAGCAAAGAUUGAAUGGAUUGGCGCUUCUGAACAUUCACCGGGAUCUGGAAGUAACCUCUGACGCAAUAUUGAGUAUAAUGGCCCAAAAACCAAGAAAGAUUAUUAUUCAUGAAUAA